AUGUCGUUCCCGCAGACUACGCCGGUGCGGCCGGUGCCUGGCGCGUUCAUGAACACGCCGGCCCUCGCCUCGAGAUUCCAGCCCAGCAACGACCCGGUACGACGACAGCUCUUCCCCGUCUCCGAAGAGACGCAUGCAGGCUCUGGGAUACCUGCGAACUCAGCGCCCCCCGGUCCGCUGGCACCUCCCUCGACGAACGCUCCGCCUGGCGCCUCGACGGCCAUAACACAGGCUGGCUCCAGUCAACCGAAUCUGGUGGCCAUGACGCCACUUCCACCGCCCCGUGCUGAGAAUGCUCCGCCGGUGGUCAAGGCGGCCAAGGCCAUCAAUGCGUUCUUGCAGCUGGAUGAGAGCUUUCCCGACCUGGAUUCGUAUUGCAGACAAGGCGCUUCGUCGGACUACGAGCUUCCGGGACCUGACUCUGCUUGGGCCCCCUUCCAUAAAACGCAGAUGUACCCUAUUCCGAAUCAAGUCUUCGAUCAUUAUAACGCGGGCGAACUCCAGACCCUGAUGGGCCUCUUCGCCGAGAUCAACCAUGCCUGGGUAGUCAUCGACAACUCGCUGUUCCUCUGGGACUACACUCACCCCGACCCGGAGCUCAUCGGCUUCGAGGACCAGCCGCACACCAUUAACGCCGUGGCCCUGGUGCCCCCGAAGCCUGGCAUCUUUGUCAACACAAUCACCCACAUUCUCGUGGUCGCCACAUCGUCUGAGAUGCUCCUUCUUGGAGUCUCUGCGACAGACACGCCCGCAGGCACCAAGUCUGUGGCUCUAUACCAGACAAAGCUCACGCUGCCUCUCCGAGGCGUCGACGUACGAAUCAUUUCUGGAUCUGCCGACGGGCGAAUUUUCUUCGGUGGCAGCACAGACAUCGAUAUCAACGAGCUGUAUUACCAGUCUGAGGAGAAGUGGUUCUCGAACCGCUGUGGCAAGAUCAACCACACAAACCCGGGUUGGUCGUCUGUUGUGUCUCUCCAGUCAUCAUUCUGGGGGACGAAAGCGCCCGAGCACCUGGUGCAGAUUGUCAUUGACGAUUCACGGAGACUCGUCUACACCCUCUCCAGCAAAUCGACGAUACGGACGUACCAUAUGGAAGCUCCCGACCGGCUCAACAAGGUGAUUGAGAAGGAAAAGGUGUACUGCCUGCGGGACAUAGCGCACAUGAUUACACAGUCAAAGCUUCUCAGCGACCGCAUGAGCAUUGUCUCCAUCAGCACCAUUGCGAAGCAGGAGGCGUCGAAGCUGCACCUCAUGGCUCUGACCGACACUGGCUGCCGGCUUUUCUUUAGUGCAACGAGCGCGUCCAGCUACCUCUACGGGUCCCAGUCGAACAUGGCGCCCCAGAGCAUGCAGGUUCAGUUUAUCAAGUUCCCGCCUAGCGCAAACCCGCGACGGAUCAGCCAGCUCGCCCAACCGGGACAACCUGGCUCCGAGUCUGUUGUCGACCUGGAGUCGGUCAUGUUGCUUGGAAGCAGGCAAGGAGCUCGCUUCGCACCAGGGUUCUUCCUGGACUUCGUAAGCAGUACGAGCGAUGCCAACGUGGACACCCUGUUUGUCUCAGGGCCGGAGACUGGACGGAUCAAGCGAACUUCGCCGACAACGCCACUCCGCUACUUCGAGCAGGCCAGUUGGAUAGAUAUUGGAAGCCGUGCCGAGGCUGUCGGGCUCAUCACCAAGCCUUUCGCAGCCGCACAGCAACCUCUCGGAUUUGGCAACGAGCUGGCGGUUCAGUUUGAUGAACCCCCGAGCGAGUUUGCCGUUCUCACCAACACCGGUAUUCAUGUCAUCCGGCGACGCCGCCUGGUGGACACCUUCGCCGCGGCCAUCCGUGAUGCGCCAGGCGAUGAAGCUCUGGAUGUCAUCACGCGUCGUCUCAUUCAGCUGUACGGCCGCGUUGAGACCGUUUCGACGGCUCUGGCUGUGGCCUGUGGUCAAGGCGGAGACGGUCGACCGGGUGCAGCCAGGGCGAUCGAUCAGGCCACGCAAGACCGAGCAAGGGGGCUCUUUGUCGAUUUCGGUGGCCAGCCUACCAUUACGGAGACGGACGGGAUCGCGCUGACCACCGACUCCGUCAGACUGUCGUCUCGCCACGACGCCCUGGCUCUCUAUCUUUCUCGCCUCAUCCGUAAGCUUUGGAAGGUCCCGGUUAUCAAGAGCGGAGUGUCUCCCGCAGGCGGCAUUGUGAUCGACUCGGUCGUCCCCAUCCGCAAACUUGUUUCGACGCAAGAGAACCUUGAGCGACUGCGAAAGUUUAUCGAUUCCAAUCGAGGAUUGAUCCAAGGCAUGUCCGGCCCGUCGGACCUCCAGCGAGUGGCUAGCAGACAGGAGGAGGUGGCCCUACAAGCUGAGCAUCAAGCGCUCUAUGCGCUGCAAAAGCUGAUGGAGAGCAUAUCGGAGGGCAUCUCCUUCGUGCUGAUGAUGUUUGAUGAGCGCGUGUCCGACAUUUUCGUCCGACUGGACGAGACCGCACGCCAACAACUCAAAGACCUUACCUACGAGAAGCUUUUCUCGCAAGCCGACGGCAAGGACCUUGCUAAGCUGCUGGUCAAGGCCAUCGUCAACCGCAACAUUGAAAGUGGAUCGAAUGUCGAGACUGUGGCGGACGCGCUGCGACGGCGCUGCGGCAGCUUCUGCAGCCCCGAUGAUGUGGUCAUCUUCAAGGCCCAGGAGCAGCUCAAGCGGGCAUCGGAGCAGCCCCUCAACACGAAUCUAUCGAGAAGUCUGCUACACGAGAGCCUCAAGUUGUUCGAAAAGGUGGCCGGCAGCCUGACCUUUGCGAACCUGCAGACUGCUGUCGCUCAGUACAUCAACUUGAAGUACUACGCCGGGGCCAUUCAACUCUGCCUGGUGGUCGCUAGAGAGUCGGACAGAGGAAACACGGCACUGCAGUGGGUCAACGAUGGUAAGCCCACCAAUGACCCUAGAGGCAUCGCCUUCGAGAAGAGAAAGCGAUGCUACGACCUGAUCCACGACGUGCUGCGGGACCUGGAUAUGGCGUCGAGCAAGGAGCCCGAGUUGAUCGACGGGAAGCUCACGGUCAUUGCGACCAAGAAGCUGGAAGCUUACGACGUGGUAAACGGCUCAGACGACGAGGUCUUCCACUUUGAUCUCUACGAGUGGUAUAUCCAGCAAGGCUGGACGGACCGCAUCCUGGCCAUUGACUCGCCUCAUGUCAUCACCUUCCUGCAACGCCUGGCCGCUACUAACGUGGAGCACGCGGAUCUUUUGUGUCGCUUCUACACCAACCGGAGUCGAUUCUUUGACGCCGCCGAGGUCCAAGCCGAGCUUGCCAACUCGGACUUUGCUCUCGGCAUCAAGGACCGAAUCCGGCUGCUGAGCUUGGCCAAGGCCAACGCCAACGUGGCUACCGUGGGCGUAAGCCGGCAGCAGCAGCAGAUGCUCAACCACGCAGUGACCGACCUGCUUGAGAUUGCGAACAUCCAGGACGACUUGCUCGGCAGAUUGAAGGUGGACGAGAGGAUCGAUCCCGACCGGAAACGAGAGAUUGAACAGGCCCUUGACGGCAAGGUUCUGGAUCUGUCAGAGCUUUUCAACGACUAUGCUGACCAGGCCGGGUACUACGACCUGUGUCUACUCAUCUACCACACGGCUAACUAUCGCAACCCGACGACAAUCUCUGGAACGUGGAGCAACCUCAUUCAACAAACACACGACGAGGUGACGGCGAUGCUGGAGAAUGUUGCCGCUGGGCAGCCUUCACCACCAAUGCCGUAUGAGGCGGUGACGAGCAAGAUCCAAAACAUUGCUCACCACACGUCUCUCGAUAGUUUCGUGUUCCCCAUCCAGACGCUCCUACCGGAGCUGUGCCGCUAUGCGGUUGCGUAUCAGCAGGAUGCGACCAUUGGCGCAGACCCAACGUGGCCCGUGCAACUAUUCCUGUCGCUCGGCGUGUCUCAUGACAUGAUCGUGAGGGUGCUGGAGAACAUUUUCGACACGCAGGAUUAUGGAUUCAGCGGCAUGGUCAGGAAUCGCAUCAUCGAGAUCAUCGUCUAUGUAGUCAACAACUGGGUGUCGGACGUGCGACGCCGCGGCGGCGCGGCCAAAGGAGGAUCCAUCGGACCCUGGGUUGGCGAACUGCUGGCGCGGUGCGAAGCCGCGCUGCCACCCCCCGGACAGGGGAGCAACAACGGCGGCGCGGACCUGGCCGAUAUCAGACGGGUGUUGAGGACGCUGCGCAGGGAGGUCUCUGGGUUGAUUGAGCGGGUGCCCACGGGUAGCCUGAGAUUCAUGUAG